UCCCUAGGAAAAGAAGGAUCUGUUUUUUUCAGCCUUGUGUUCAAAUCAUCCAGAAGGAAUCCAGUCUGUUCUAUAGGCAGCCUAAGGCCGAAUUUUCAAAGACACUACAGAUCUAUGCCUACCCAUGGUAUCGGCCGCUAUAGACAUCUUCUCCCACCGGAGGCCCCUCCUAAAAGGAAGAAUCAUGUGGAGAUGAAGGAAAUUGACCCCGGCACAGAACACCAGUAUGGCACCUUAAACAUCGUGAUGACGGGCUAUGACGUCUGCCUGGUUGAGCAUUAUGCUCAGUAUGUGCAUCGACUCUGCAACAAGCUGUCCGUCAACGUGGUCGAAAGCUACGCCAUGCCCACGAAGACUACAGAGCUGGUGUUGACCGGGGAACACGGCAGCAAAGUGCGUGUGGACGGCCACCUUACGAGCCACCAGCGUGUCGUCCAGAUUAAACAACUGACUGCCACGUUUAGUCCUAUUUUCCUGGAAAUUAUUCAGAAUAACCUGCCCGAGGGAGUCCAUCUAUUAGUGAAAGAGCACACGGAGGAAGAUUUCAGAAUUCGUUUGAAGGUCCGGACAGAACUGGAUGAGCUUCGGGCCAGACUGCAGUGAGAUUCCCAGCCAUUCCUUCCAGGGUUCCUCAGCCAGCAUGGGUGGACUUCCAACUCCCCAAAAUUCUCUCCAGCCAAACUACCUGGGUGGACUUCAACUCCCAGAAUCCCCCAUGAACUACCAAAAUUUGA